UUUCACUCUAUGUGUACAAAUAUUAACAAGUUUACGUUUUACAAAAAUUCCUAGCACUGAAAUUACAAACACAAUUUUUUUGUGUACUCAGUACUUAAUAUGUUCACACCAACAUCAUCACAUAUAAACAUAACCAAAGCAAUACAACCAGCAGGUUAAAGAAAUCAACUUUAAAGUGGGUCUUUAUGCAUAAAGGCCUCCCACCACAGUGAACCAAUCAGGGCAGAUCUGGCAUCCGCUCUAAAGACCCUCAGUCUGAUCAGAGUCACUUACAAUUGAGAUGGAGCCGAAAAGAUUUACCAUCAGCAUCACACUUGUGUAUGUUUUGUUCUUUGCACAUCAGAAAGUCUUUGGGAUAGAAGUAAAGAUCAGAGUUAAACCAGGAGACAAUGUCACUCUUUAUUGUGAUUGUGUCAUACCACUUGGUUCACACAUCUUUUGGAUGAGAAACAGCUCAUAUGGAAAUCAAUCAUCUCUUUUAUUAAGUGCUGAAGAGUUGUUCAACGAGAACCUUCCUCGUUUUAAUUUUGUGCCAAACAGCUCCAGUAACUCUUAUGAUCUACAUAUUAAGAACAUCAGUGUGGAUGAUGAGGGGAUCUAUUACUGUGCAAAAGCAGAAAGAAAUAUUGCAACCGUACAUGGCAUGCUCGAGUAUCAGUAUGGAAACAGAAGAACUCAUCUAACCGUUUUUGACAGACUAUCUACUUCUACUGAGACUCCCAGUCCCACUCCACAAUAUGACCACCACCUCAAAAUGAUGCCGUUAUGGAUGCCGCCGGUCAUUCUGUGUCUUGUGUGUGUUCUCAUCUGUCUAUGCUGCCUUUAUCGUAGAAAGAAAAAAACAGAUUUUGGAGCUAGAAUGCUGACUAAGAGCAGACAUGAUGAGGGAGAACGUGAAGUGUAUUACGCCUCAUUGAACAGGACUUCCCUACAACAAAAACAGCUGAGGGAUAAGCGAUUGUCAAAUUCUGACUUUAGCACUUAUUCUCAGCUCAGAAUCAAAUAAAGAAUAUCCUACUCUGAAUAUUUUUGUGAUUGAAUGCGAUUAUAAUGUACAAUCAUCACAUAAUGUCUGCACUACCUGCUAAAAUAUGUCAGAAAAAAUGGUCACACAAUGGUCCCGU